GCCGCCUCCUUGCCCCCUUGCCACGCCCCUAUUGCCAGGAAACUGUUUUGUUGUUGUGACAUUUUGGCAACAUAAAACGCAAUGGCGCCAAAGAUGACGCCAUUCUUGCAGCUCGACAAAAUGGCGACGAGGACGACGACGACGGAAAUACGCUGGCUCUGCCGAUUGCUGCUGCUGGGGGCUUGCAUUGGCGCCGCCAUAGCUCGAGACAUUCCAUCUUCGUCAGCCCGCGGACGCAGUGGCCCCGAUGAUGUUGCCUUCUAUUGCCCGGAGGAGGGCCUGUUUCCCGAUGACUACGACUGCCGCAUCUACUACCGCUGCGAGAAGCGUUCCGAGCAUUACAUCAAACCGUACAUGUUCGCCUGCAAGGAGGGCACUGUCUUCUCGCGCACCCUCCAACUGUGUCUGCCUCCGAUGCUGGCCGGACGCGGAGAGUGCGAGCCGUACAUGAACGAAAUCGAUGUCGGCGAUGAGACAGACAGCCAGCUGCCAUUUGAUGGGCUCGUCAAUAACCAGAAUGGACAUAAUGCGAUGCUUAAUAGCGCCGUAACACCCGCCGCCGCCCUGGAGCUGCACACCUAUGCUACUGCAAAUCAGUUGCCCACAAAUUAUGGACUGACAGGCCUGAGUGGUGUUUCAGUCAUAUCCUUUUCGAGCUCAUCAUCUUUGCGCUCGGCCGCUGAGGAGGAGGGCGUGUCGUGCGAGGAUGAUGGAUUUAUGAGUGAUCCCAUUGACUGCACCGUGUUCUAUCGCUGCAUCUCGAAUGGGCGCGGCUAUAAUAAAAUUGGUUUUCGUUGCUCGGACGGAACUGCCUGGGAUGAGUCUCUGCAGUCCUGCAACCAUAUAGUCAAAGUUCGUGCCAAUGGCGGCUGCCGCAACCAGGCCGAUCCUCUCAGCGAUGAGCAAACCUCGACACAGUCAUCCCACUCGAGCUAUCAGAAUACCACCUCAUCGUCAUCUUCGUCCAGCAGUCAACAAAGUUCUUCGACAAACUCUUCAAUGUCGUCGUCGUCUAAUAGCUCGAGCUCUUCCAACAGCUCCUCGAAUCAAUCAAGCUCAAACUCCAACCAGGAGUCAUCCACGGCGAGCAGCAACCAACAAUCGUCGAGCAGCAAUCAGUCUUCCAGCAGCACAGAAAGUUGGAGUAGUAGUACUCAACAAGCCAGCUCGGGUUCUUCGAAUCAAAGCUCUGGAAGCAACCAAUCUUCUAGUAAUAACCAGAACUCUGGCAGCAACCAGUCUUCAAGCAGCAACCAGAACGCGAACAACAGUCAAAAUUCCAGCAGUCAAGGCUCCAACAAUAACGAAAAUCAAAGCUCUAACAGUAACCAGUCUGCCAGCAACAAUCAGAGCAACCAGAGCAACCAGAGCUCAUCGAACAAUCAGUCGAGCAGCGGCUCCAGCAACCAAACCAAUCAGACAAACCAGCCUGCAUCAAGCGAAUGCGAAGACGAGAACACCUACAUACCUGAUAAAAUGGAUUGCGCCAAGUUCUACAGAUGUCGCAAGGAUAUUGAUGGCAAUUUGGAAGUGGUGCCAUUUACAUGUGGUCCUGGCACUGUUUGGGGUCAAGAGGAGAAAGUUUGCGUCCUACCUAGCGAAGAUCAAAAGAAACAAUGCAACAUACAAUCUGGCUCCUCCAGCAGCGGAAAUGGUCAAGGUGGCAACAACACUUCCAGCCAACAAUCCAACGGAAACAAUCAAUCAAGCAGUUCUAGUUCCGGCUCAAACAAUAGUAACAGCAACAAUCAAUCUAGCAUCCAGCAAGGAUCAUCGUCAAACAGCAAUCAGCAAGGUUCCUCGAGCAGCAAUCAAGGCUCAUCCUCAUCAUCAAACUCCAGCAAUCAGUCUUCCAAUCAGAGCAGCAAUCAAAGCUCUUCAUCUUCUUCGAACUCUGGCAAUCAAUCGACCACAUCCAACUCCUCUGUAGCACAAAACUCCACAAGUUCUUCGAACUCGACAACAAGUAAACCCUCAAAUCCUGACGGCCAGUGCGAGCACUCGGAAACAUAUUUGCCUGACAAAAAUGACUGUGCGCGCUUCUAUCGCUGCGUCGAUAAUGGAAAUGGUGGAUUUGAUAAGGUUGCUUUCGAUUGUGCACCAGGCACUGUUUGGGAUCCCGAAUCAAAGGGCUGCAACCAUCCAACUGAUGUACAGAAGGAAGAAUGCAAAGCUAUGGCUAGUGGUGCAGGAAGUGCAUCAAAUCAAGGCUCGUCUUCCAAUCAGGGAUCGGCGUCCAAUCAGGGAUCAUCCUCCAAUCAAAGCUCUUCAUCUAAUCAAGGAUCGUCGUCCAAUCAGGGAUCAUCCUCUAGUCAAAGCUCCUCAUCAAAUCAAGGCUCGUCUUCCAAUCAAGAAUCAUCCUCCAAUCAAGGAUCAUCUUCUAAUCAAGGCUCUUCAUCUAAUCAAGGAUCGUCCUCUAAUGAGGGCUCAUCUUCCAAUCAAGGAUCCUCCUCCUCUUCUAAUCAGGGAUCAUCAUCAAAUCAAAGCUCAUCUUCCAAUCAGGGAUCAUCAUCAAAUCAAAGCUCAUCUUCCAAUCAGGGAUCUUCUUCAAAUCAAGGAUCAUCUUCCAAUCAGGGAUCUUCAUCAAAUCAAAGUUCAUCUUCUAAUCAAGGAUCGUCAUCAAAUCAAGGCUCAUCCUCUAAUCAAGAAUCAUCUUCUUCUCAAAGUUCUUCCUCUAAUCAAGAAUCGUCCUCUAACCAAGGCUCAUCUUCUAAUCAGGGAUCAUCUUCCAAUCAAGGGUCAUCCUCUAAUCAAAGCUCGUCUUCUAACCAGGGAUCAUCCUCUAAUCAAGGGUCGUCUUCCAAUCAAGGAUCUUCAUCAAAUCAAGGGUCAUCCUCCAAUCAAGGAUCGUCCUCUAAUCAAGGAUCAUCCUCCAAUCAAGGAUCAUCCUCCAAUCAAGGGUCGUCAUCUAACCAAGGAUCGUCCUCUAAUCAAGGAUCUUCAUCAAAUCAAGGGUCAUCAUCUAACCAAGGAUCAUCCUCGAAUCAAGGUUCUUCCUCAAAUCAAGGAUCAUCUUCCAACCAAGGAUCGUCUUCGAAUCAAGGAUCAUCUUCCAAUCAAGGAUCAUCCUCUAAUCAAGGUUCGUCAUCCAACCAAGGCUCGUCAUCAAAUCAAGGUUCUUCUAAUCAAGAAUCUUCUUCGAAUCAAGGAUCAUCCAACCAGGAACCAACCACAACAACAACGCAGAAGCCAUUCAAGCCAGCAGAGAAAUGUGAGAGUGAGGAAACAUUCUUAGACGAUAAGGAAAACUGUUCGAAAUUCUAUCGUUGCGUUGACAACGGAAAGGGUGGAUUUAUGAAAGUGUCAUUUACUUGCCCACCAAAUACCCUUUGGCACCCCGAGGCCAACAGCUGCAACCAUCCAUCGCAGAUUGACAUGCAGAGCCUUAAAUGCAAGCGGGUCAUCAAUAGCAGCAAUAACCAAUCUUCUACAUCAUCGUCUUCAAGCAGUAGCUCCACAGAGCAAACGACAUCUACAAGCUCUCAAUCUGGCAACAAUAUCAGUUCCACAACAUCAAGCUCGAGUAGCUCUAGCUCCACCCCGUCGCCGAAACCAUCUGGUAAUUGUAAUGUUAAUGGCCAAUUUCUAGGCGAUGAUAAAGACUGUUCCAAGUUCUAUCGCUGUGUGGACAAUGAUAGAGGUGGUUUCUAUACGGUGGCCUUUUCGUGUCCACCCGGGACUGUAUGGGAUGCCCAGAUAGAAGCUUGUAAUCAUGCCUGGGCCGUCAAAGAUAAAAACUGUGGCAGUAGCGCCACUACUCAACGGCCAAUCGGAACAUCUACCACACCUAAUCAGGGCUCAUCGCAAUCCCCAAGCACAACACCAUCCACUAUAAAGCCGACAACACAGAAACCAACCCAAAAACCAACCCAAAAACCAACACAAAAACCAAUAGAAAAACCGAUCACUACAACGGGAAAACCCUCAACCCAAAAACCAACUACCCAAAGGCCUGUUACACAAAAGCCAACCAGCUCAACUCAAAAUGUAAAAUGUACAACUGAGGGUUUCAUUGGUGAUCCAGACAACUGUGCGAAAUUCUAUCGUUGCAUCAGCAAUGGCAAGGGCGGCUUUAGCCAGGUGGCGUUCCAUUGUGCGGCGGGCACAGUUUGGGACCAGGACCUACAAACCUGCAAUCACGAUCUGAAUAUGUGCAAUCCAAAGCCCGAAGAUGGUGCUACAACUGAGUCCGAUAAGGGUCCGUGUGACAAUACCACGGAAGGUCCAACAUCAACACCAAUCAAUACUACAAAUCGUCCAACUGAGCCAGCCACAGAAUCAACAACGGAUAGACAGACCACAACUAACCAACCGACAACUAACCAACCCACAACCAACCAGCCCACAAGUACUCCAGCUGAGCCAACAACAACAUAUCAACCUCCAACGACUUUAUGGACUACGACAACAACGAGACCAACCUCAACUGAAAGUCAGCCCACAACAUCGUGGACCACUUCCACGCAACCGCCAACAACAACGAUAUUUCCGGAAACUACAACCCAGGUGCCUAAUUUGCCACCUGGUACCGAGUGUAAAGGCGAAGGCUUCAUGCCUGAUCCUAACAACUGCCGAAAGUUUUACAGGUGUCUGAAAACAGGCGACUCCUACACGAAGCACGAAUUUAUGUGCGCCAAGAACACUGCUUGGAAUGCAGAUAUCCAAACCUGUGAUCAUGCGCAGAAUGUUCCGAGCUGUGCAGGUCAAACUGAACCUCCAACAGAUACAACAACAAAUCCAACCGUCACCACAAGCGAAAUUACUACUAAUCCUCCAACGAAACCUACAACAGAGCCACCAACAAAGCCAACAACUGAACCACCAACAAAGCCAACAACGGAACCACCAACAAAGCCAACAACAGAACCGCCAACGAAACCAACAACAGAACCACCAACCGAAACACCAACAAAGCCGACAACAGAAAUAGUUACGAAACCAACAGAUUCUCCAACGAAACCAACUGGGCCACCAACAACGCCCACAGAUUACACGGAGAAGCCAACGGAUACCCCAACGAAGCCCACCGACUAUACAACCACAGAAAUGUAUCCAGAGACAACUGUAUCAAUUCCAGGCUACCCUCCAACUACUACUCAGGCUCCGGCAAUGAACUUCACGUGUCCUGCUGAAGGCUUCCACGCUGAUCCAGAGGACUGCAGCAUUUACUAUCGCUGUACCAAGAACAAGAAUACCUAUCAAGUAUAUAAGUUCCGUUGUCCGAAGGGCACGGUCUGGGACACAUCCCUGGACACAUGUAACUACGCCGAUCAGGUGUCUGGUAAUUGCUCCUCAGGCAGCACGACUUCAACAACAAAACCGAGUGAAACGACACCAUGGACAGAUAUGACAACCACCACCAUGGUGCCAGAGACAACAAGUAAGCCAGAGACUACCACAGGUGGACCAGUUGGCACAACAACUACAAGUAAGCCAGUGGAUACCACUACAACUAGGCCAGUGGAUACAACAACAAAUAAGCCGGAGGAUACAACUACAACUAGGCCAGUGGAUACAACAACAAAUAAGCCGGAGGAUACAACUACAACUAAGCCAACGGAUACAACUACAACUAAGCCAACGGAUACAACUACUACAAGUAGGCCAGUGGAGACAACCACCGAACAGCAAGAAAAACCAAAGCCUGAGGUAUCCAAUAAUUCAAGUGCUCCCUGCCCAACAACCACUGAGGAGCAAAGUAUGUUUGUCUGCCCGUCCGGCUUCCGUCGACAUUCCAAGCAAUGCGGUGUAUUCUACCAGUGCAAUGAGAACUCGGAGUCGAAUCUGAAUAUUGUAUUGUUCCAAUGUCCCAAUGGCACCGUCUAUCAGGAGGCAUCAUGUCGCUGUGGCAAGCCAGAACCCAAUGACACCUGUUUCAUCAAGGGAUCGUCUCGUACCCAGCUGUUUGAUGAGGCAGCGGAACCACUAAACAUGGUGCCGAUUCAUUCGACAGAGCCUCUUUGUCCGGAGGAGGGACACUUUGCACUGAACCAAGAUGAAUGCAGCCAAGUCUUCGUGAAGUGCGGCUACUCGCAGCAAACAGGCCGCAUCGAGGGACAAAUAUAUCGCUGCCCGCAAGGCUUCGCCUAUUGGAAUGUGAGCCGUCGCUGCGAGCCAGCUAGAAAGCUGAGCAGCUGCAAUCCAGCCUCAUACAACGUGGGCAACAGUGUGCCUCUGGAGUGGGUCAACAUCGGCCACAGACGUCGCAAUCUGCGCAUCUAAAACAUACACAUACAUUUUAAUAAAUCAAUAGCAUUAAUUUAGAAAUUGUAAAAGGCAAUCGCAAUUGUUUGCUCCGCACGCUCCCCGAUCCGGGGCAGCUUGCGCAGCAAAUGACGAGCCAAAAGACUAGCUUAGGUUUUAGUGCAAUACCAAUAAGUUUCACAAGGGUUAACAAUAUCAUUUUCUGGUGA